AAAAGAAAAAACCGCGCAAGCCAGUGAAUUCUACGAACUGCAGUACUGCUUUGUCGUCGUUAGAGUGACAAUUUCUUCUUCUAGGGUUUUAGGAACCAAUCUCAGAAGCCUACCUCAACAUGGCUCCCGAUGCUUCAGACGCUCUCGCAGUGAGGCAGAUAGUUCAACAAUUUCUCAACGCCUCUCGUACGGGAAACAUUGAUCUCAUGAAGAAUUUGGCUGCUAGGCUUGAUGAUGGGAAGGGAUUGUCGGGAACUGUGGCUGACAUUAAGGAUGCUAAUAAGCGAGGAGCACUUCAUUUCGCGGCAAGAGAAGGAAAGACUGAGGUCUGCAAGUAUCUGCUACAGGAAUUGAAGCUCGAUGUUGAUACAAGAGAUGAAGAUGGUGAAACGCCACUUAUUCAUGCUGCUCGACAAGGACAUACUGAUACUGCAAGAUACCUAAUUGAGAGUGGUGCUAAUCCUGCUAUAGCAAGUGACUUGGGGGCCACAGCUCUUCAUCAUUCUGCAGGCAUUGGAAAUAUUGAGCUGCUAAAGUUUUUACUUUCAAGAGGUCCUGAUGUUAAUUCCCAGAGUGAUGCCGGCUCCCCUUUGAUUUGGGCUGCUGGUCAUGCCCAACAGGAAGCUGUAAAACUGCUCCUUGAGCACCACGCUAAUUUUNUUCAUGCUGCUCGACAAGGACAUACUGAUACUGCAAGAUACCUAAUUGAGAGUGGUGCUAAUCCUGCUAUAGCAAGUGACUUGGGGGCCACAGCUCUUCAUCAUUCUGCAGGCAUUGGAAAUAUUGAGCUGCUAAAGUUUUUACUUUCAAGAGGUCCUGAUGUUAAUUCCCAGAGUGAUGCCGGCUCCCCUUUGAUUUGGGCUGCUGGUCAUGCCCAACAGGAAGCUGUAAAACUGCUCCUUGAGCACCACGCUAAUCCCAACGCUGAAACUGAUGAUGAUAUUACCCCCCUAUUGUCAGCAGUGGCUGCUGGUUCUCUGGCUUGCUUGGAUUUAUUGAUUCAGGAUGGGCUAAAGCCAGUACAGGUUGCAGCAGCCAGAGGUAAUCGGGCAGCUGUUGAGAUUCUUCUUCCCUUGACUUCAGCAGUUGAGGCAAUUCCUAAUUGGACCACUGAUGGAAUACUCGAGUAUAUGCAGAAUGAAAUCAACAAAGAUCGAGACAUUUCUAGAAAUCUGGAAGAGGUUAAUAAACAUAAAGACUCCACAGCACGAGAGCAAGAUUUGCCUGAGGUGUCACCUGAAGCAAAGAAGAAAGCCGCAGAGGCCAAAUCUAGAGGGGAUGAUGCUUUCAAUACAAAGGAUUUUCAGACAGCGGUUGAUGCUUAUACACAGGCCAUCGACCUGGAUCCAACUGAUGGUACAUUGUUUUCCAACCGAAGCCUUUGUUGGAUACGGUUAGGUCAAGCUGAGCAGGCCUUAGCAGAUGCAAGAGCCUGCAGAGCAUUGAAACCAGAUUGGCCCAAGGCUUGCUAUCGAGAAGGUGCAGCUUUACGUUUGUUGCAGAGGUUUGAAGAAGCAGCAAACUCUUUCUACGAGGGUGUCCAGCUUGAUCCUAACAAUAUGGCAUUGGUCAAUGCUUUCAGGGAAGCAGUUGAAGCGGGCAGAAAGUUUCAUGGCACAGAUAAACAAAAACCAUAAUCCAGCGUCUAUAGCUGAUUCUUUAGAUGAUCAGAUCUUGUGCUGGCGAGGAUCCAUUUUUCUACUUCUGCCUGUCUUCCCUGUAAUUUAUUUCCUUUUGGGGUGGGCGUUAGAUACAGUAAUGAUAGUGUUGAUUUUGAUAGAGAGAAGUUGAGGUGUGGAAUUCAUAAACAGACCCUCUAUAGAAUAACUUAAAGUGACUGUUUUCUUUUUAUUAUUCAAUUUAUUUGAUAUUGUAUCAGUGGUAA